AUGUCCUCAUUAGCAUUGACAUUAAAAAAACACGUCGCGCUUCGCACAAAUUUUCGGUACAGCAGAAAAUUAUCGAAAACUUUAGCAACUUUGUCCUCGAAUACAGAAAUUUUUUCUGCUCAGAAACAACCGAAACAACAGCAAGAAAAGCUAUCGCCUUUUUUGAAUAUUAAAGAGGCUCUUGAAAAUGUUUACGAUGUUAUUAUAGUCGGUGGCGGAAUUACGGGUUUGGCUCUGGCAAAUGCCUUGGCGACUUGCCAUAAAACAAAAUUGCAAAAAAUAGCUCUGAUAGAAUCCAGCAACUUUUCACACAUUAGAGGGUGGAAGAACGACCACGAUAACGCCAACGAACGUUAUUCGAAUCGAGUUAGUUCAAUAACGCCUGGUUCCGUUAGAUUUCUUAAAGAGAUUGGAGUCUGGCAGAAACUCGAUCAUACGCGUGUAAAACCUUAUCAAUACAUGGUAGUGUGGGAUGGUGUAAGCGAUGCACAAAUAUUUUUUGAUUCAGAGAUCAUCUCUCGAUCAUUAUCGUCGUUACCGUUUUUUCUUCGACAACUUGACAAAAAAAAGGAUGCGGAUGAUUCAGAUUCAAUUGCUUGGAUCAUAGAGAAUUCAAAUAUUCAACAUGGACUACUUUCUAACCUGGAUCAUUUGCAAAAUAAAAAUCAUGGAAAAAUUUCGAUCUUCGAUAAUAAAAAAGUGGAACGAAUCGUCUCUGAAAAUAAUAAUGACACCAGAGCACAUGAAUUUUUUGAUCUUUCCGAAUGGCCUAUUGUAGAAUUGGAUGAUGGUCAAAAAUUGAGAGCAAGAUUAUUAAUUGGCGCGGAUGGAAUCAACUCUCCUGUACGGUCUUUUGCCAAUAUCGAGACAUUAGGAUGGGAUUAUAACUCACACGCAGUGGUUGCCACGCUGAACAUAGACUCAACCACCCACGAUAAUGUGAAUAACACCGCAUGGCAACGGUUUCUUCCCACGGGACCAAUAGCAAUGUUACCGCUACAUUCCCGUGUUUCCUCAAUGGUAUGGUCCACAACACCACAACUUGCCGUAAAGAUACGACAAAUGCCUCCUGAUCAAUUUGUAGAAUUAGUAAAUGGCGCGUUUAGAUUAGGGAUCGCAGAUUUAAAUUAUUUGUACAAGAUCAUUGAAAACAGUUCCGGGACAUCCGAUUAUGAUAUUGGCGAUGAAAUGAGAUGGCGAGAAAGUGUGAAUACGAAUAAAGCAUCGAGCCCAGUGCCACCAAGAGUUGUAGGCGUACAAGAAAAAAGUCGAGCUAGUUUUCCAUUGAGAAUGAGAAAUGCAGAAUGUUAUGUAAAGAAUCGAGUAGUUCUGAUUGGUGAUGCAGCUCAUGUAAUACAUCCACUUGCUGGACAAGGAUUAAAUCAAGGUAUUGCAGAUGUUGAGUGCUUAGCAAGGGUGAUUGAACGUGGUGUAAUAAAUGGACAAGAUAUUGGUGACGUUAAUUCAAUACAAGAAUACGCCUCGAAACGUUACAUCAAAAACUUGAUGAUGAUUGGAGCAGUCGAUAAAUUGCACAAACUAUUUUCGACUGAUCUGACGCCCAUUGUUUGGAUGAGAUCGUUAGGACUACGAAUGGUUAAUGGACUUGAACCUGUAAAGGCGGAAAUAAUGAAAUUUGCAAUGGGGAUGGAACAUCAAUCAACAGACUAG